UAUCGCCAGUCCACCAUCAAGCGGUAAAAUGAGAAAUAAGCAGUGCCACAGUAAUUACACCCAAUUGUAUGUACAUACCAUCUGAUAAGCGUCUUCCUGAAACAAUUAUCAUUGUCUCUUCCAAUAAAAACAGAGCAGUUUGCCAACGAUUUUCAUUUCCAUUUAUUCAUAGAAAUCCUCAAAUUUUGCCAUGGAUAACUGAAGACACAUACAUUUAUUUCAGAUUAUAGUAGUGGUAAUAUAUGCUCAGGGAGGUGGAGGGUUCGAAAUCCCAUGGGCGAAGAACAAGGAUUCGAAAUGACCAAUGAAGAUAACAGCAGUACAAGCGAAGGGGGAUCGAACAAGAACACCAAUAAGGCCAAGUCUUGCAAGGGUUGCUUGUAUUAUUCCUCGCAGUUGAAGACCAAACACCGCAACCCUCUCUGCGUUGGAUUCAGCAGGGCUUUACAACAAGCACCAAACUAUGUCGAAGUAGGGUCUGAUAUAGAGGCUUCAAAUGAGGGACGGAGCUUGGAAGAUUUUAAGUAUGCUUGUGUUGGCUAUUCAGCUUAUGCAAACAAGAAAGAUACACCAGCUGAUCAACACGGACAGGCAGAGUUGCCAUAUUGUGUAGGCAUCGAGCUAUUGGUUGACAGGAGAGCAUCAGCAGGAACACCGGUUCGUGAACAUGAACAUGCUCAUAGGAAGGAAGAGACACCUGUCUUGCCUCGUCCACCUUCAACACAUCGCCCUCCGCACACAAUUGGUGAUGAAUUCAUCGGCAGAUUUUACCGCAAUGCUGGCCUUGUUGCUGGAGGAGUGGCUCGAAACCUGUACCGGGUUGGUAAUUAUGUUAAAGCUAAUCUGGAUGAUAUAUUAUAUCCCUACCGUCGACGGCCCAAAUAGUCAGCUUGAUAAUUCUUUGGUCAGAUCAGUCUUUUUGUUCAAUGAUCCCAUACAAGUUUAAACUGGGUUGUAUUUAAUAUGGAUUCCAGUAUUUUUGAAGGAAAGGAGUGAUUCCUUAUGAAAAGUUCAUUAAUAGGAUUUUAUUUAAUAUCAGUGAUCACUACCUGUGUUUAAAGAGAUACAAUAAAGUUAAUAUCAUUGAGAACUAUAUGCUGGCAGCAGUAAAACUAAUGAUCUUUUUCUUUAAGAGAAUUAGUUUUACAGCAGUUGUGAUUUGACUUUUACUGGAUUACCUUUAUUAGACAUGAAAGAUCUCUUCUAUUACAAUCAGCUGUAAGUAAUCAAAUAUUAAUUGUGCAUGCAAGUUUUUGCUCUA